AUGGGGGCGACCCCAUUUCAUCGUUCCAUACUCGAAGUCCGGCUGCCAAAACAUUAUGACAAGCCCACGGACAUGAGAUAUGACGGAACGCAAGACCCUCUGGAGCACCUCACGGCCUUCGAGGCCAGGAUGAACCUGGAGGGAGUGGGGGACGAGGUAAGAUGCCGCGCUUUCCUAGUCACCCUGGCAGGACCUGCAAUACGGUGGUUCAAUAACCUCCCGCAGGGCUCGGUGACCGGCUUCGCGGACAUCAGCCAUGCCUUCUCAGCCCAAUUCACGACCAGAAUUGCAAAGGCGAAGCACCCAAUCAACCUUCUUGGGGUGACCCAACGACCCGACGAGUCGACCAGAAAAUACCUAGACAGAUUCAAUGACGAGUGCCUGGAAAUCGACGGGCUGACAGACUCAGUGGCAAGCCUGUGUUUGACGAACGGACUCCUGAACGAGGACUUCAGAAAGCACCUCACUACGAAGCCAGUAUGGACAAUGCAGGAGAUCCAAUGUGUGGCUAAGGAGUACAUUAAUGACAAAGAAGUCAGCCGGGUCGUGGCUGCCAAUAAACGGCAACCCCCUAGACCCAAACCCGGCACCACGAGGGCGGAGAAAGGCGAAAGGAACACGCCAGGGACGGCGGUCCGAGCAAAACACCAAGGCCGUUUCCCCGAGUCAGGAAGUUCACCAACUACACCCUCCUGGUGGCACCAAUCGUGGAAGUUUACCAACAGAUAA